GUAACCUAUAUUUUUUAUUGAAUGUGGAAAUUUUAGAAUGUCCGGUUAGUCGAUAUGGUCAAGGAUGUAACCAGUUCUGCAGUGAUAGAUAUUGCUUUGGAAAAAAUUAGUCAUGUGAUCACGUGACUGGGAAGUGUGAUCGUGGCUGUACUCGGGGAUAUGAAUCAUCAGGUUGUACUACGGUAUGUCAUGCUGGUAUGUUUGGUGCUGGGUGUAAGUUCAGAUGCAGUGAACGGCACUGUGAUGGAGACAGUAUAACGUGUGAUGCUCAAAGUGGAACAUGUCGAAAUGGUUGUACGCCAGGAUGGAAGGAACCAAGUUGUAUGAAACCAUGUGACACUGGUCGGUAUGGCGCCGAUUGUUCGUUUAUCUGCACGAGAAGACACUGUCAGAAUAAAACUGCGAGCUGUGAUCACGUGACUGGUUCAUGUCGAGGAAAGUGUGAAGAAUCCUGGAUAGGAGAAGACUGUACUGCAGGGUGUCGUGGGAAAUACGGCAAGCAUUGCAGCUACCUCUGUAGUGACAGGAAGUGUAGAAACUCCUCAGCGCCAUGUGAUCACGUGACAGGCUCUUGUAAUGGAAAAUGUAAGGAUGGUUGGAAUGGAGACACGUGCACGGCCAAAUGCAUUGGAACAUAUGGCGAAGAUUGCAAACACUCGUGUGGUGACAGACACUGUAAAGACAAUGGACAGUGCGAUCACGUGACAGGAUCGUGCAACGGACAAUGUUUUGCUGGUUGGCAAGGAGAUGCUUGCAAUGUGAUUAAGUCUAAAGAGAGCAGUGGAUCGACAAUUGUUGCAGUGGCCGCGGCAUUAGGAAUAGUUUCCAUAAUACUGGUUAUAGUUUCUGGGGCCUUCUUGUGGUACGUCAGACGUCACAGGACAACGUCAGGAUCUACAGUUAAAGAAAACACGAGUGUAGCAAACCAAGGUGGCGGACAUUUUGAAAUCGUGGACAGACAGCCAAGUCAAGACGUCGUUCUACAGCGUCCCGUAGGUGAUAGUGAGAGUGGUUAUGUCAAUGUAGGACAAGAUAUUCAGCUGAACGAAUAUGAACAUCUUGAUCCGUCAGAAUCACCACAGAAUGUCUACGAUAAAAUAACUGGAAGUUAAAGACAUUCGGUCCAUUUCUGACAAUUGCCACGCCGAUAACUGAAGGACAACUGGUUCAAGGCGAACAUAUUAUAACGUCAUUUUCUUCUUCUUUGAUAGUUGACAAAUUGUAUAGAUAGAAGCAUACUUUAAAACUGGUACCAUUUAUAUAGGUGAUUUAUUGACUUCCUAAAAUAUGCAGUUGAUAACAAAAUAUCACAUUACUAUUUUUUGUGUUUUACAGUAUGCUUCAAUAAUAAAUGCUACUAAUAGCUUAUUACACAGCCUAAACAACCUAUGAGAUGACAUAUUUCAGUCACUAAAAAUCAAAUUUUCCAAUAUAAACGAAGCAUUUUAUUAAAAGACAAAAGUGACUGCAAACGUAUAUAUGAUAUAUUAAAUACUGAACAAUAAUACAAAAACCACGGUUAAAAUACGCAAAUGAGGUUUUUAUAUAUAACAUAUGAUUUACAUGAAUGGGAAACGUAUUAUACCAUAUUGUUUUGCAUUAGAUUGGUUUCAAUGUAUAAUUUUGUACAUAAUCAUGACGACUAAUACGUUUCUACAUAUAAUUCACUGCAUUGAUUCUAACGUCUGUAGCUUUCGUAAUAAUUUUCCAGAAAGACUACAACAUUUAUUUUUGAAGUACAAACAAAUUCAUGCAUAUUAUGUAAAGCAGAAAUAGAAAUUAAUUUUAGUAAAGAUAUUAUUAUGUUUGGUAUGACUAAUAACAAAACCAAUACCUUUGUAAAUUGGUAUAUAUUUACAAUAUGAAAAUACAGAAACAAAUGUUAAAUAUCAAUAACGUUAGAAAUAUGCUAAAAGCUAAAUUUGAUGUCGAAAAAUAUAUUAUUUAAAAAGAAUUGUAUUAUGAAUUAUUCAAUACACAACUGACCCCAUGGGUUGUCCUUUUUCACAUGAAUUAAUAUAUGGCAAUGCCACUUUUAUUACCAAAAGAAAAAAAAUAGUGAAGCAACUAGCUUGUUUGGAAACGGAUUUCUUAGAAAAUAAACCUUAAUCAAAUUCACUCCUCUUUUCUCUUGUUAAAUUAUAGGGUUUUUAAAAAAUAAUUUCCCCAUAGGCAUGGAAUAAUAACAUGAUUUGUACUAUUCUCUAGUUUGAAAUUUAAUCUUUAAAUAUCUAUUUUCUUCUAGCUUUCGUUCUUUCUAGGGCGGGACGUAGCCCAGUGGUAAAGCGUUCGCUUGAUGCGCGUUCGGUUUGGGAUCGAUCCCCGUCGGUGGGCCCAUUGGGCUAUUUCUC